GUGACUGCGACUUUACUCUUUAUGCAAAUAUGUUGGAUUUAUACAGAGAGCUUGUGAAAUGAUGAUAAAAGCUACCCAGAGCUCUUUACAGGCUGACCUUUGGACACGUGCAUCUUAUGUGAGAAAUACAGAAAGGAAGGCUUUUAGGUGGAGGAAGUGGCCUCUGGCUGUCUUGUGACUAUCACUCAGUCAUCACAGAAACCACAGUACAGACAGGAACUCAGAUACAGAGACACAGCAGAGGAAAGGGACUCUUUGUAUAGAAUUGUACCAUGCCAAACUACAAAUUGCUUUAUUUUAAUAUGAGGGGAAGAGCUGAGAUUAUUCGUUACAUAUUCGCUUAUUUGGACAUAAAGUAUGAAGAUCACAGAAUAGAACAAGCUGACUGGCCUCAAAUCAAGCCAACUCUUCCAUUUGGUAAAAUCCCUGUUUUGGAGGUGGAAGGAAUUACACUUCACCAGAGCCUUGCAAUAGCAAGAUAUUUGACCAAAAACACAGAUUUGGCUGGGAAGACAGAGCUGGAGCAGUGUCAAGCUGAUGCAGUGGUGGACACCCUGGACGAUUUCAUGUCACUCUUUCCAUGGGCAGAGACAAAUCAAGAUCGAAAAGAGCACAUGUUCAAUGAAUUGCUCACACGUCAAGCACCUCGUCUUCUGAAAGAUUUGGACACAUACUUAGGAGACAAAGAGUGGUUUAUUGGCAAUUAUGUAACUUGGGCAGACUUCUACUGGGAUGUCUGCAGCACCACACUUUUGGUCUUAAAGCCUGACUUGUUGGAUAUCUACCCCAGGCUGGCUUCAUUACGGAACAGAGUCCAAGAUAUUCCUGCCAUUUCUGCCUGGAUACUGAAGAGGCCACAGACAAAACUCUAGACGAUUCAGGACCCAUCAUCAGACGAGAGCUCCAUUGGGUAGAGAAUCUGCACACUUCUCCCCACCACUAGAACUCUUACUUUGUAGUAUUCUGCUUGCUGUGUAUGACUCUUUUGUUGUGGUUUUGUCUUUUUCUGUAGGCAUUUAGUUUUCAAUUUUUUCAAAACUUUAUACUUUUUAUAAUCACAGGGAAACAGUUCACAAUAUAUGUUGUUGUGCAUUGGUA